AUGUCAACCGUUUUAUUAAUUUUAAAUCAUAAUUUUGUUGCUUUACCAGAAGCUGAAUCAAUAAUUAUAAAUAAAAAACAAGAAAUAAAUUUAAAUCAUUCAUGUGAAAAAAUUGAUCAAUUUUUAUUAUCAAAUAUUGUAUUGGGUAAUGUUGAAUUAAUACCAAAUCAUUAUGAUUUUAUUUAUUAUUUAAAUCCAAAAGGUGAUACUGAUAUCGUACCUAAUCAUCCUGCAAUUAAACAAUCAUUAAAAUUAUCAUCUGCAGUUCCAAUCACAUUGAAAAAAGAAGGUUCAACCUCAUCAACAUCAACAACAGGUAAAAAAAAAUUAUCUGGAUUAAAGUUCAAAAGAUUAGCUAAAAAACCAAUUGAAUCAACAUCAUCAAAUACUGUACCAUUAGGUGUUCAAAUUGAAGAACCAAUUACACCAAAAUCUCCAUCACCAUCACCUUCAAUUCCAGAAUUAUCACCAGUUCCAAUUGAUCAAACUGAUAAAAAAUUAAGAUAUUUUAGUGAUGAUUCUGAAUCUGAUGAUGAAUUAAUUAAUGAAGAUGAAUUAAUUGAAUCAAAUUUAUUGAAUACAAGUUCAAUUAUAUGUUUAAGAGAACCAUCAAAUGAAAAUGGACCAAAAAGAAGAAAAGCAUGUAAAGAUUGUACAUGUGGUUUAGCAGAAAAAGAAGCUUUUAGUUUUAAUGGUGAAGAAGAAUCACCAAAAGAAGUUGAGAAACCAAAAAUUCAAUUUAGUGCAAAAGAAUUAACAGAAAUUGAUUUUACUGUGGAAGGUAAAACUGGUGGAUGUGGUUCAUGUUCAUUAGGUGAUGCAUUUAGAUGUUCAGGAUGUCCAUUUUUAGGAUUACCGGCUUUUAAACCAGGUCAAGCUAUUAAUUUAAGUAGUAUUGAUGAUGAUUUAUAA